GAAGAACACGAAGGCUACGACAACCAAGAAGGAAAACCCGAAGACCACCUCAACCGAGGAUGCGAAGCCCACCUCAACCAAGGAGAAGGUUACUUCGAAGUCAACCGAAAGUAGCAGUGUCGCCAUGACGACCAGUGCUGCGGUGCUGUCGUCCACUGCACUAUCGUCGUCCCAGAGCACUUCCUCGACUUUCUCGACCGCUCAGCGAAGCAUCGCACAGGCCUCUGCGACCUCAACCCCAUCCGCUGCACCUGUGUCAGGUGGGAUGUCGGGUGGAGCCAAGGCCGGUCUCGCGAUUGGUAUCAUCGCAUUGGUUGCCCUGAUCGGCGCGGCAGCCUUCUUCUUCAUCCGAAAGAAGAAGAGGGAUCAAGAUAAUUCGAGCAUCAACGAAAAGAGCGGCAAUGGGCAUAACCCAUUCGCCGAUCCUCCGGCUACCGCUGCGGCUGCACCGCCCGUAGCUCCGCAACUGAGUCUUCGCCCCGUCACUCAGUUCCAACCCAACCUUGCCGGUGCCCGUGGCAGCAAUGUUCCCCCGAUGGACAUGGCUCCCGCUCCCCCUGCGAAGACAACCGAUGCUCAGGGUUUCCUGGCUCCCAAUGGCCAACCGGCCGGCGGAUUGGAGCGAUCUGGCGAGCCAAGCUAUGCGAACGGUCCCGGCGACGCUCAAAAUCCGUUCGGCAGCCACGCUGAGAUGACGGAUGCGCCGAAGCCCAUGAGCGGUGCCAGCUUCAACCUUCCAAUCCAAAGUCCAGAUGGAACCGCGCUUGCCGCCGGUGCUGCCGGUGCUAUUGCUGUUGGUGCCGUUGGUGCCGCAGCUAUUGGUGCCUCUCACCACAACCAAGGAUCCUCGAAUACUCCUAAGCCGUCCAGCGUCCGGUCUGUCGAUGGCGCUCUCCAGGCCCCUCCGACGCCCGGUACGCCCGGCGCUGACAGCGAUUCUUCUUCCGCCGCUGGUGUUCCUGCUGUUGCGACUACCGCUGCUGCUAUUCCCCUUGGUGCCCUGGCCGCAAAUGGACAGAAGCCACGACCGAUCGGAACCGUUCACCGCGUGCAAUUGGACUUCAAGCCUUCGAUGGAAGAUGAGCUCGGGCUCAAUGCCGGGCAACUGGUUCGUGUCCUGCACGAGUACGAUGAUGGUUGGGCACUUUGCCUCCUGAUGAACGGCUCAAAACAAGGUGUCGUUCCUCGAUCCUGCUUGUCUAAGACUCCUGUGAAGCCUCGUGCUGGUCCCCCGCCGAACGGCCCUCCUCGAGGACCGCCACCGCAGAACAUGCGUCCUGGUCCUGGUCCCAUUCCCGGUCCCGGUGCAUUCCCGCAUCCCCCAUCCGGUCGCAACUCACCAGGUCGCAACUCUCCAGGGCCAUUCCCUGGCAGCCCGGGUGUCCCACGCCCGUUGACCCCUGGUAGCGGUCGUAAUUCCCCAGGACCUGCGCCUUCUCACCGUCCCAUGACGCCCCCAGGCGGCCGCCCCCGCGGUCGACCCCAGUCCCCUGGCCUCCAGCACAUGAACCAGCACGGCCCCCGACCCCGCGCGAACAGCAACGCGGCCCCCUUCAACGCCUACCAGCCUCGCUCCAUGUCCCCCGGCCCAUACGGUGGCGGCCCUGCGCAGCAACGUCCGCAGAUGCAGACAGACAACCGGCGACGCAGCAACUCCACGAGCCAGCUGGCGGGCGCCGCUCCGGCUCCCGGUGGACCCGGCCCGAGCCCGAUGAACCCGAUUAGCAUCGCCCCUCCGACUGCCGCGGCCGUGCCGCAGCGGAAGCCGGUGCCUGGCGUGGCGAUGUAGGGACGCUCUAACACGCGACGACGCGUCCUGCAGUCCGCGGUUCGGGGCGUGUUUUAGACAUGACGGUGCCAUGGUGGGGUCGACGGCUGGAUUUCCCUUGCUUGUGUCGAUAAUGAUGGGCGUUUUUUGCCGAUUGCUUCGUUUCGUUGACUGGGGCGACGUGGGUGCCUUUCAACAUUACCUCCGCUUGCUCUCGCGACGCGGGGGUGCACUCCUCGUUCCCGGUCAUCAACUCUUUGAGUGU